AGAAAAAAAAAAAAAAAAAAACAUCGUCUGAAUUUGAAGAGUAAAAACUGUAAAUGAACAAUAUACGAGUCCUGUACUAUGUAAUCAAUAAGAAGAAUUUAGUGUGAAUUUAUUAUUGGACAUGAUAAUAAUAACAAUCAAAUUUUUGACUAAAAAAUAGUGAUUAUGAUUAUUUUUAUUAAACGUCAUUUUAUUACGUAUUUUCAUUUUGUUACCCUUUUUUUAUUUUUAUUUUAUUUUUAUUUUAUUUCUUAUUUUUAUUUCUUAUUUGUAUACAAAUGAGGCUUUACGUUAUUCCAGUUUUAAAGAAUCGUUGGGUCUAUUAUUGUCAUUCCACUACUUCUUCAACAUCACGAUUAACACAAGCAGUGGAUUGGGCGAGUCGUAAGUGGGAAGCACUCAAUAAUGCUGAUCACGACAGUUGGAAAAAAAAGUUGUAUGUACGUGGUACGAGUCUCAUAAAUCAACUAGAAUAUCAAGAGUGGUUCUUUAAAAGUAUACCUUCUAAAGAAGAUAUUGAGAAACCAUUAAAUAAAGUGUGCGUACAAUAUCCGUCAUGUCUACUUGAGGAAAUAAAAGUAAAGCAGGAAUUGGAAGAGUUGGUGAAAACAAGGAUACCUUAUCAUAAAAAGUAUAUGUGGUAUUCAGCUUAUUGGGUACCCAUUGCUUGUACAUUUGUUGUUGUGCCGCUUAUUCCUAAUAUACCUCUAGCCUAUAACCUAUUUAGACUUUAUAGUCAUUAUAAAGCAUUAAAAGGUGCGGAACAUUUGCAAUCGCUCAUAGAUUAUGGUAGUUUAGAUUACACUGUGGAUCCACGAAUGGAGGCUAUUUUAGGAUCAACCUUAAAAACAGAAUCGAAUCUCGAUUUUCCAAUCGAUGUUCAAAACGCUUUCAAGACAUCACCUAAUAAGCCCGACUUGAUCACUUUAGAACAAGAGAUUGAUGGAGUUUUAAGUCCCAAGCAAAUUAAAGAAUUAGUGCAGGUGCUUGAAAUGCCUGGGUUAGAAGUGGAACUAAGUAGAGCAAGAAUGCAAAUAUUAAAGUCAAUAGCAACAAAACGAUUUGCUACUCAAAACAAUAAAAUAGAAUAAUUAUAUCCAUCGCAAUAUUUAUUUAUCGAAUUUAAAUUGUAUAGAUUUAUAAAAAGAAAAAGAAAUAAAAAAAAAA